UUAGGGAAACGAUUGAGCGAUGGAGAUACCAAGUUCGCCGUGAAAGCUCAUACGGCUACGGCAACACUUCCUGCUCCUGCGUUGUUCGAUCAUAACAACCCGUUCUUCGUAAAGUACUAUGAAGAUUGGACUUUGAUUUCGGUGUGCUUAUCUUCAUAG